UCGCUGUAGGAAGUGGACGUUCCCCGCCCUUAGCUGGGCUACGUGCCGUGGCUGUUGUUGCAGCGCUACUAUCUUUGUGGCGCCCGGGCAAUCAGGCCAUGAGGGGCCCCCGGGCUCUCCUCAGAGGUGUCGCGGGAGCGGCGCGAGUGGUGGGUGCUCAGGCUUCAUCUUUUGCCACAGGGCCACGACAGGCAGAUGGCACAUUUUAUGAGUUUCGUACUUACACAAUUAAGCCAAACAAGAUGAAAGAUUUUCUGGACCUCACCAGUAAAACCAUUCACCUUCGCACUGCUCAUUCUCCAAUGGUUGGAUACUGGACUCUAGAAUUUGGGGAACUGAAUAAAGUUUUCCACAUUUGGAAAUAUGAGAGCUUUGCACAGAGGGCUGCGGUCCGUACAGCAUUAACCAAAGAUCAAGAAUGGCAGGAAAAAUACAUCUCUCGCAUGCUGCCCUUGUUGGACAAACAAGAGAAUGAGAUUACUUACCUGGUCCCCUGGUGUGAACUUGGCAACUCUGAAAAAGAUGGAAUCUAUGAGUUGGUCACCUUCCAGAUGAAGCCUGGUGGACCAGCAGUAUGGGGACAGUCCUUUAAAGCUGCAAUUAAAGCUCAUAUAAACAGUGGAUAUACUAAGCUGAUUGGGGUCUUCCAUACUGAAUAUGGACUACUCAACCGAGUUCAUGUGCUUUGGUGGAAUGAGAGUCCAGAUAGUCGGGCAGCUGGAAGACAUUAUGCCCAUGAGGAUCCUCGGUUAGUAGCAGCUGUUCGAGAAAGCGUUCGAUUCCUGGAAUCCCAGCAGAACAGUCUCCUGCUUCCUAUAGCAUUCUCGCCAUUGAAAUAAAUGCAGUGCUUAAUGGGA